AUGUACACUCAGACUGCCCUCGUCUUGACAGCUCUGGCGGCUGUUGCGACAUGCGACACCCCAUCCUAUCGCAGCGCCCUCCUCGAGCUUCAUAAGAAUGUUGUCGAAAUCCCCUCAAAUACUGGCCUUGAAGCUGAGUUGGGAAGUUGGCUCUAUGAAUACUUCCAAAAUAACAGCUGGUCAGUGACCACUCAGACUGUCCCGCCUGUUGCCAAUACUCCGGAGGGAGAUACUCGCAUCAACGUCCUGGCCUCUCCUGCUGGAAAUAUCACACAGUUCUCCCCGAAGGUUAUUCUUACAACUCAUUUUGAUACCGUGCCCCCGCACAUUGGGUACGGGAUCGAAGAGGGUCCCAUCACAACGGAUACGAUCAUCAGCGGUCGUGGAAGUGUAGAUGCCAAAGGUAGCCUUGCCCCAAUCGUCAUCGCGGUCAACGAGCUUGUUAAAGCGGGGAAGGUGAGCCCAGGUGAUGUUGCUGUUGGCCUUGUUGUUGGAGAAGAGGCCUACGGUGAUGGGAUCAAGGCUCUAAGCGACUACUUCACCGAAAAUCCUACUGAUCUGAGCGCGGUGAUUUUCGGGGAGCCGACUGAGGCUAAACUUGCCUGCGGCCACAAAGGCGUCUUGGGUUGCACUCUGAACGCGAAGGGGGUGGCUGGACACAGCGGAUAUCCUGAGGUGGGCAAAUCUGCCACACAGUUUCUGAUACAUGCAUUGGACGAGAUUUUGCUUGCAGACUUGGGAACUAGCGAGCAAUUUGGAAAUACGACGGUGAAUGUUGGCAAACUGUCGGGCGGAGAAGUGAACAACGUAAUUGCUGCUAGUGCAUCUGCUGGACUGGCUAUCCGCGUCGCCCUCGGUCCCGAAGAUGGGGGCCAGAAGAUUGUGAAGGGGCGUUUGGAUAGCAUUAUUCAAGAAGUCGACUCGGCUGGUCUGAGCCUUGAUUGUUCAGAAGGGUAUGGGCUUGUGGAGCUGGAUUGUGAUGUGGACGGCUUUGAGACAGCAGUGAUGAAAUAUGGAACCGACAUCCCAGGCUUCAAGGUCGAGGGCAACUAUAGCAAGAUUUUGUACGGCCCUGGAACGAUUUUCGUGGCUCACACUGACCAUGAGAAUAUUACUGUGGGAGACUUGGAGUUGGCUGUCGAAGACUACCAGAAGCUCGUUCUGAAUGCUUUGGAAUAG